UCCCUGUGCUACUUUCUAAAAAGAGGGUUGGCCACCCAGCACAGCACAGACCAUGAGUCAGGUAACUGUAACAGAACGUUGCCUCUGAGCUCCCGUGAAUUUUGGACACGCAUCGACUCGGUUUGGGAGGCAGGGAGUGACAAACAUAUUUCUCUGAAAGGGAUUUUGCUGUACUCCCAUGUCUAUUUUAAAAACCUUAUAGACGUUUUAAGUUUCACGUUUUCGUGUGUCUGCUGCACUGAUGUGACGAGUUUUGCGUUUCAAAAGCGGAUAAAACGCUCAGGUGUUUGUUUUUCAUAGGUGGAUUUUCUGCCUUUUUUUAUUAUUCCUAAGUAGAGCAGCGACAGGGUUUCCCCUGCGGUAUAGUUCUUUAUUUCAAUACUCUUGUUUACCACGUCAGUUUUUUCUUUCUUUCGUUUUUAAAUAUUUAAUUUGCAACCACCGACAACGCCGAGUGGCCACGUUGGAACAAACAGAUUGAAGAUGGACGAGGCAGAGAAGUACAAACAGAGACUGCAGGCGAUCACUGAGAAGCGUCGUCUGCAGGAGGAACAGGAGAGGGCCAAGAGGGAGAUGGAGGAGGAGAGGCUGAGGCUACAGCAGCUCAAGAGGAAGUCUCUUAGAGACCAGUGGCUGAUGGACGGCCCCUCUUCCCCCACAUCCUCAGAGCCUCGUUCCCCGCUGUGGGGCUCCCAGGCCCAGGAGAUGGAGCAACGCAUAGACAAGUUGCAGACAGAGAGUCAACGUUUAGCGGAGGAGGAGGAGAAACUGGAGCAGCCGAUGGAAGAUGGCCGAGCUAAUGCAGCGGCGGUGGUGGAGGCUACAGCAGAAGCAGUCCAAGCAGUUAUCUUGGAGAAUGGACAGGAAGAAGUAGAGGCUGAAUCCGUUCUAGGAACAGUUGAGACAGCACUAUUGGAAAGAGCUGAGAUCCUCACCAAUGGGAGAGGAGAGGGGGAGGGGCAAGCUGCUACCCACGAUGCAUCCGAGGAGGGCGGACUGCCCAAUGGCACCAACGGUCCAGUGACGGUCGUCCCUGAAGAUGGUGCCGUUACCAUGACGUUCCUGGGGUUCACGGAGGCGGAGCCAGGCGAGGCUCCGGUAAUCGAGGAAGGAGGAGUGAUCAUGAUGCGAGCGGAGCGAGUGAUUAUCACGGACGAGGGAGACGAGCUUGCAAAUGACCUUUCCUCUCCGGGUCAGGAACAGGAAGUAGACUCGGCCGCGUCCGAAUCUCCUGAGGAAGGAGGAAUUGAGGAGGUGAAACCAGAGACAACUCCUGAAGAGUCCUCAGAAGUAGCAAAAGAGACUGAGGCAGACACAGUAACCAGAGGUUUAGGAGAAGGACAGAUGGACACAGUAACUGGAGGUUUAGGAGAAGGACAGAUGGACACAGUAACUGGAGGUUUAGGAGAAGGACAGAUGGACACAGUAACUGGAGGUUUAGGAGAAGGACAGAUGGACACAGUAACAGGAGAAUUAGGAGAAGGAGAGAUGGACACAGUAACAGGAGAAUUAGGAGAAGAACAGAUGGAGGGUGUGGCAAAUGGUGGUGGAGAGGAAGAGGCACAGCCAGUAGAGGAAGCUCCUGUGUCUGAUCUGCAGGCCCCAGAUGAUGGCGUGGUGGCUGCCGUUCCCGUCUACUCUGAGACCUUACUCACCCCCAGGCCCGACGCAGAGGGAGAGGCUGCAGGCGAGUCGGCAGAGGGCGAUGUGGAAGUGAAGACUGAAGUGGAAGUCAAGGGGGAAGAGGAGGCCUCGGUGUCCCCAGAAUCAGCCAUCCUCCCUGGGGGCCAAUUCCUGGAGGUGUCCCUAGUGGAGCCCCAGACUGAGCCAGAGCAGGAGCCCCUGUUGUUCCCAUCCAAGGCCCAGACCCUGGCCCUGGGGGUGCAGGCUCCAGCCGCCCCAGAGACACUGACCGCUACCAGGGGAGAGGCGGAGGGAGGGGUCGGUGUGGCUCCCAAACGCAAGACCUGCCAGUGCUGCUCCGUCAUGUGAUCAAUCAUUUCGUUCGCUCUCUAUCUCUCUACCAAAUUCUCCAAUGCUUUCUCUGUGUAAUACUACAAGAGGGACUUGACUCUGCCUCUAACACUGUGAAUGAUGGGGGGGUGGUAAGACGGUGUGUUAUUACUGAAGUGCCUUGUGGAUCUCCUUCCCUAAGAGUAUAGUUACCCAUCCAGAGGAACCUGGGUUUUGUUCAGUAGGGCGAAGUGCUUUGAAAUGAAAAAUAAAACCCAGUAUUUUUCUUGUUGGACCAGGUCCAGGUAGGCCCUCCCUGUUCGAGUCAGUUUUUUUUUCUCCUUUUGAUUCUAAUGAACACAACCCUGUCAGCCUUGGCUGUGUUACUGUUGGCUGGUACUGAGAAUGAAAGACCAGUCUUGAUCCAUUAGGCUGUAUCUGUGUAUCCACCCUACUAUUCACACAGAACCUGCUUUAAACUGAACUGGACUACAUGUGCAGGGUGUGAUGAGAGUUAUUUUGGGGGGGGGGGUGUUUUAGUGAAUUAUUUUCCAAGGGAAAUGCUUAUCGAAGGUCCUUAUCUUAUUUUGUCCAAAGCAAGGCCUGAUGAUUGAAUCAUGACCAGUACAGUAGGGAUGUAUUAGAAAGGCCUGAUGAGUGAAUCAUGACCAGUACAGUAGGGAUGUAUUAGAAAGGCCUGAUGAGUGAAUCAUGACCAGUACAGUAGGGAUGUAUCAGAAAGGCCUGAUGAGUGAAUCAUGACCAGUACAGUAGGGAUGUAUCAGAAAGGCCUGAUGAGUGUAUCAUGACCAGUACAGUAGGGAUGUAUUAGAAAGGCCUGAUGAGUGAAUCAUGACCAGUACAGUAGGGAUGUAUCAGAAAGGCCUGAUGAGUGUAUCAUGACCAGUACAGUAGGGAUGUAUUAGAAAGGCCUGAUGAUUGAAUCAUGACCAGUACAGUAGGGAUGUAUCAGAAAGGCCUGAUGAGUGAAUCAUGACCAGUACAGUAGGGAUGUAUUAGAAAGGCCUGAUGAUUGAAUCAUGACCAGUACAGUAGGGAUGUAUUAGAAAGGCCUGAUGAGUGAAUCAUGACCAGUACAGUAGGGAUGUAUUAGAAAGGCCUGAUGAGUGAAUCAUGACCAGUACAGUAGGGAUGUAUUAGAAAGGCCUGAUGAGUGUAUCAUGACCAGUACAGUAGGGAUGUAUUAGAAAGGCCUGAUGAGUGAAUCAUGACCAGUACAGUAGGGAUGUAUUAGAAAGGCCUGAUGAGUGUAUCAUGACCAGUACAGUAGGGAUGUAUUAGAAAGGCCUGAUGAUUGAAUCAUGACCAGUACAGUAGGGAUGUAUUAGAAAGGCCUGAUGAGUGAAUCAUGACCAGUACAGUAGGGAUGUAUUAGAAAGGCCUGAUGAGUGAAUCAUGACCAGUACAGUAGGGAUGUAUUAGAAAGGCCUGAUGAGUGUAUCAUGACCAGUACAGUAGGGAUGUAUUAGAAAGGCCUGAUGAGUGAAUCAUGACCAGUACAAUAGGGAUGUAUUAGAAAGGCCUGAUGAUUGAAUCAUGACCAGUACAUUAGGCAUGUAUUAGAAAGGCCUGAUGAGUGAAUCAUGACCAGUACAGUAGGGAUGUAUUAGAAAGGCCUGAUGAUUGAAUCAUGACCAGUACAGUAGGGAUGUAUUAGAAAGGCCUGAUGAGUGAAUCAUGACCAGUACAGUAGGGAUGUAUUAGAAAGGCCUGAUGAUUGAAUCAUGACCAGUACAGUAGGGAUGUAUUAGAAAGGCCUGAUGAGUGUAUCAUGACCAGUACAAUAGGGAUGUGUCACAAAUGAAACCCUAGUCCUUAUAAAGUGCUCUACUGUUGACCAGGGUCUAUGGUCUCUGGUUGAAAGUAGGUCACUGAGUGUACAAAACAUUAGGAACACCUGCUCUUUCCAUGACAGACUGACCAUGUGAAAGCUAUGAUCCCUUAUUGAUGUCACUUGUUAAAUCCACUUGCACAAUCCAUGUGCAUGUGUGCCAUUGAGGGUCAAUGGGCAAUCAAAAUAUGGAAAUGCCUUUGAACAGGGUUUGUUGCCAGGCGCACCGGUUUCAGUGUCAAGAACUGCAACGCUGUUAUGUUUUUCACACACAACAGCUUUCUGUGUGGAUUAAGAAAGGUCCACCACCCAAAGGACAUCCAACCAACUUGACACAACUGUGGGAAGCACUGGAGUCAACAUGGGCCAGCAUCCCUGUGGAAUGCUUUCAACACCUUGUAGUCCAUGCCUGGAAGGAAUUGAGGCUUUUCUGAGGGCAGAAAGGGGGUGUAAUUCAAUAUUAGGAAGGUGUUCCUCAUGUUUUUUACACUGUGUAUGUAAAGGGAAUAGUGGGCCUUUUUGGGUGCACUUAUGUCUCAACUUGAUAGUCUACAUACAGUUUGAGAUCUUUAUUUCAUUGUCUUUCUAUUUGUUGUAUGUGUCAGCCUUCUGGCCGCUUGAGUGUUAUCAAGGUUUGUAACGUUCCAUUAACUUUCAGAAAAUUCCCAGGUUUUCCUGGUUGGAGGAUUUUGGAUCUCCUGCCUAUUCCUUCCUGAUUCAGGGAAUCUUCCAACCAGGAUUUCUGGAAAACCUCUGAAUUUUUCGGGAAAGUGGCCAGGAUUUUGCAACCUUACCGUCUUGAAUCUUAUUUUGGUCCAUUAUCAAUUGUUAAAGGGAAAGUAUGUUUUUAUAUCUAAAUUCUAUGCAUUUUAUUUUAUCAGUGUAUUUUCCAUAGAAUACACACAGCGCUCUGGCAUGUGUAAAUAGGUAUUUAGCCACCAUGAAACCAAGCGGGAGUGGGGUUUAUCUAUAGAAUGUAUCUUUUUUUCAACAGGAUACUUUUCAACCAAUCAGUAAUGGUUUAAUGAUUAAACUGACAUUUGUGAAAUAUUA